CAAUACAUUAGCGGCCUGAAUCACGUGACACUAUACGGAAGUGACGUAAGCACCCAAAAGAGUUCAGCAUCUGGGAGCAAAACACCAGCCAGCUUCAAUUUAUUUGCCAUCGGUGAUCCAAAGAAGCGUAUUUGCGAACGGCAAGAACAUCUACCAGAUUUGGUGGACAUAAUGAAUCCAGUGUACAGCCCUGCACCAACAGGGGUCCCCUUCACCAACUCCAAGGGUUUAGGCUAUCCAGCUGGCUUCCCUGUGGGUUACGCAGCAGCUGCCCCACCAUACACUCCAAAUGUCUACCAAGGAGUAAAUCCAGCCUUCUCAAGUGGUUACGCCCCUGGUGCUCCAUUUAAAAUGUCCUGUUCCCCCAACUCCGGGACUGUCCCACCAUACUCAUCCUCCCCCAACCCAUACCCAGCUGCUGUAUACCCAGUCAGGAGCACUUACCCCCAACAUAACCCUUAUGCACAGGCGCUGAUCCCUUCACAACAGCAAGGUACUUACUUCACACAGCCACUGUACGCGGCACCACCUCAUGUGAUCCAUCACACAACGGUGGUCCAGCCCAACGGGAUGCCCGCGGCCAUGUAUGCUCCAUCCAUCCCUCCUCCCCGCAACAAUGGGGUUGCCAUGGGCAUGGUGGCCGGCACCACGAUGGCCAUGUCAGCUGGAACUUUGCUGUCGACUCCGUCACCGGCACCCGCCACUCUCGCCGCGCACCCCGUCACCAUGCCCACAUAUCGGCCCGCCGGCACGCACAGCUACAGCUAUGUGCCCCCUCAGUGGUGAAGUUGAAUCAGAGGGGGUGUGUGUGUGUGCGCGCUUGUCUCUGCAGGUGAGGCGGUCGAUAUGCAUUCACACUCCACUCCAGUGUUUUUUGCGAGCGGUGGUGGACCAACUCUGCCAGCAUCUGCACUGCAACCAGUUUGUCUUCUUCCAGUAUAAUGUGAAUCUGAAACCAUGUAGGUCCAUUAGGAUAGGGAGGGGGUAGGAGGUGUCCAUCCACGUCUUAAUGGAAUUAGGCUUCAUUUUCCAUGCCGCACCCCUACAAGCCUGUUGCAUAUCUCACAUCCGGAGGUCUAGGCCUCCAUGCAAUUAUUUAUCCAGGCUCUCAUGCAAAUUUUAGAGUUUUAACUAGCUUGUGGUGAAAUUGGAGUUUGGAGUAAUUUAAUCCCCACUUAUUUUGGAGAGGCGUCUGCUGUUGAAUGCAUGUUCUGUAUGUUAAUAUGUCAAGUAAUGCUAGCUCAAUCGACCUGCUGUGACAGAUGCAAACUCCUUCAAAAGGAUCACAUCCAAAGGACGUGAAAAGUAAUAAAUAUCCGAAGCUGACUUGCCAGUCACCACAUCUUAAAUGUGAAACAAGAUGAGAAGUGUUGAUGCAAAAAAAAAAAAAAGAAAAAAAAUAGCAACACUGCACAGUCGGGUGCAGCCAACUCUUCUGUUUUCACAGCUUUGUGUUUAAUUAAAUGCAGCUUGUUCGAUUUGUUUUAUUUCUUUCAGUGAUGCAGUAUGUGCAUUUGUUUUUACUGUUGCCGUGUUCUAAGGAAAAGUGGGACUUUGUGGCUGCGGCCACGUACCGUUCCCACUUAAUCGUUAAAGUUCUCAAAAUCUGAUCAAUACCUUUUAGUGAGAAGAUUUCUGACUUCACGCUCAGGCUGAAGCAGCUGUUUGGUUUGUGCUUGAAACCCUUUCAGGGAAUAUUUUCUAAUCCAGGACACUCAUGAUUAGAGUGAAUAUGCACAAACCACCAGUUGUUUUUGUGCGAGUGUGUGUUUAAAUUGCAGACUAUAAGAAAUGGUGUCAUACAGGUCAUUGAAUUGUUUCAUUUACUGUUAUCUUUAGUAGGUCUUAAACACUACACCCAGGACUCCAGACUGUUUUUUUUAACUAGGAGCACAGUGGUCCCCAACAUCAAAUUUUAGUGUCUUGCAUAAAUUACAAAUUGACUUGCAAAGUAAAUAUUUACAUUUCCAAUCAUUUUCACUAUGUUAUUGAUAAGUGGAGAAGAUGUUUGUCAGCAAUAAAAAAUAGUCAAGACUUAUAAAUGAAAGCAAUCAGCAGAAUUAUUGGUCACACAUGAGAUGAAAAUUUUUCUUGCAAUACCUCCAUUUUUAGGGGCAAAGAACCACUAGUCUGGAGCCCUGCCGACACCACUGCUAAAUACUAAAGUUGAAGAAACCCAUGACUAUUGACCUGCGUUCUUGAAUAGCACUACUGACAGGAAGCACUAAUUCCAAGAUGUUUUUGACAUUGCUUGCAGUUGUAGCAUCAGCUGACUCAAAACCAUUGUCCCCAACUUGCUUUACGAUGUCACUUGACUUCAGUAUGUUUUGUAUGUUAUUUUUAUUUUGGUUCUUGUUUUGUACUCUAAAUAAAAGAGCAAAAAUAAAAAGGAAUAUAAGAAUAAA